CUACUCUGUUUCGGUAACCACGGGAAACAAGAUGGAAGCUAAGUAGGAACGGGCUGAUCAACAGUUGUGUCCACCAUGGCGGUCAACUAUGGACAUCCAGGAAUGCCGGGGGCGCCCCCACAACAGUGGACUGCGGGGAUGGGCGGCGCCCCACCCCCCGAAUGGAGACAGGGAACCCAGAUACCAGUGGACAACGAGGCAGCCGCUCCCCCUUCGUUCGGGCCCCCGCCCAUGCAGGGAAUGCCAACCUUCCAGGGAUACGAGAAUGUCGGGGGCUUCAACCAGAUGGCUCCUCUACCCCCGCCACCCUCCUCCACCCCCCCGCCUGAACCACCCAAGAUGGAUUUUGGGAACCUGACUUCCAUGGACGAGGGGGCGUGCAGGGACGCCAUGAUCCAGUUCGUCAGUGAGCACUGCUGCUUUGGUUCAGCUCCGGCUAAAGAAAUGAAAAUCACCAACAUAGCCCCUGGUCAUGCUUUGCAUUACACGCUGGAGACGUACACGGAGUUCAGGUCCACGGGGUACGUGUCGGAGCCCUACAGGGGAGGGUUUGUCGACGGCCCCGAGAACGGCCCUCCACCACCUCCCUGGGCUAUACCCUGCAACGCUGACUCACUUUUCCUUGACCAACAGAAGCUCAUUGAGGUGCCACACACAGCCACUGUUAGGCCGUGCCACGCGUGUGAUGCCCGGGGCUACAACCGAUGCCACAGGUGUCACGGCUGGGGGAACGUCAGGUGCCACACCUGCGGGGGUGACGGCGUACGCAUGGUGCACGUGCAUGAACAAGGGAUGCAACCUCAGCCUUGCUUCGCCUGUGGUGGCGACGGCCGACGAAGGUGUAUGACGUGUGGUGGUGACGGCCGUAUUACAUGUAGGACUUGCGACGGCUUCAGAAACCUCAAAUGCUACGUCCAGCUCAAAGUUACCUUUAAAAACAACAAAGACGACUACAUCCUGGAGCGGACUGACAUGCCUGAUGAGCUAGUGAAGGAUGUUAGCGGAACCGCCAUCUUCGAGCAGACGCUCAUGCCGGUGUGGCCAAUCACAUCCUACUUCGUCAGGGAAAUCAACGAGAACUCCAUCAGACUGGUGAACCAACACAAGGGGGGCUUUCCUGGAGCCAGACAGCUUAUGCAGCGACAAGUGUUGAGGGGCGUCCCUGUGACGGAGGUUCAUUACAGCUGGAAGGAUGUGACGACCCGCUUCUGGGUGUACGGGAACGAGAGGAAAGUGUACUCACCCGACUAUCCACAACAGUGUUGCUGGGGAUGUACUAUUCUCUAAGGCAAUAAUCUACUGUUAUCUGGUUAAGUUAUCCCAACAAUGUUGUUUGUAAGAUAUUUUGGGCUAAACUUCAGUUAUCUGUUAUAGCCAGCCGAUAUGCUCAUUACCUACUGAAACGUCCGUAAAAGUUUACUUAUUUUCUUUGUUGUCCUUCUGGGUUAUAUAUUUAUAUUACAUUUUAUAUUUAUUAUUGAUGAUGAUGAUGAUGAUGAUGAUGAUGUUGAUGAUGAUGAUUGUCUGUGUGCUGGCUACGCUGGAGAUCUACGCUUGAUUCUCCAGAAACAAACCCAUGCGUGAAGCUCAUUUCUGGUUCCUCUGCUCUGAUAUUGUUUGAAUAUUGCUUAAAGCGGCAUAAAACUGCACUCAGUCACUCACUGUGUAAAUUUUAUCAUUGAAUCUGUUAGAUAUUUUUUAUCAGCAUUACAUUUGCUGAAGUAUUCCACGAACAGUAUUACCGCACAAAAGGUAUUUUAUCAGCAUAUCACAUUCGUUUUGCCAAAUAUACGUCAAACAUUCAUGAAUAUAUUUCUAUAUACAUGUUUAUAUCAUAUAUUUUUAUUUACUACUGUGCAAACAAUGUUACAUUUUCAGUAUUACACCCUUCUCACGAACAGGUAUUGUAUUAAUAAUCACCAAAGACAUUAAAUAUCUGUACAAAUGCUAUGCCAUCUCGAUGUAGUGUAAUUUAUAUAAAGUCAGUCAGUCU